AUGGAUGGAACCAAUGUGAGUUCCCAAGGACAUUUCAUCCUUUUGGGGUUUUCUGAUCGCCCCCAACUGGAGAGGAUUCUUUUUGUGAUCAUCCUGGUGGCCUAUCUCCUGAUCCUGGUGGGCAACACCACCAUCAUCCUGGUGUCCAGGCUGGACUCUCACCUCCACACUCCCAUGUACUUCUUCCUCACACACCUGUCCUUCCUGGACCUCUGCUUCACCACCACCUCCAUCCCCCAGCUGCUCUAUAAUCUGCAUGGGCCAGACAAGACCAUCAGCUACACAGGUUGUGCCAUCCAGCUCUUCCUAUUUUUGGGCCUGGGUGGUGUUGAGUGUCUGCUCCUGGCUGUCAUGGCCUAUGACCGUUUUGUUGCAAUCUGCAAGCCCCUGCACUAUGGAGUGAUCAUGAACCCAAGGAUCUGCAUGGGUUUGGUAUCAGUGGCCUGGGGUUGUGGGAUUGCCAAUUCCUUAGCAAUGUCCCCAGUUACACUGCACUUGCCUCGAUGCGGACAUCACAGAGUGGACCACUUCCUAUGUGAGAUGCCUGCUCUCAUCCGAAUAGCCUGUGUCAAUACAGUUGCUGUGGAGGGCACUGUUUUUGUCCUGGCAGUGAUCAUUGUUCUGUCACCCUUGGUGUUUAUCCUGAUCUCCUAUGGUUACAUUUUAAGAGCUGUGUCACAGAUCCGCUCAGGAUCAGGCUUACAAAAGGUCUUCAACACCUGUGGCUCCCACCUCACAGUGGUCUCUCUCUUCUAUGGGAACAUCAUCUACAUGUACAUGCAACCAGGAAACAGCUCUUCCCAGGACCAGGGCAAGUUCCUCACCCUCUUCUAUAAUAUUGUCACUCCUCUCCUGAACCCCCUGAUUUACACCCUGAGAAACAAAGAGGUAAAGGGGGCCCUGAAAAGGCUGCUGCUCCAUGACAGAGAGAAUGGAAAGGGAUAA